AUGGAUGAUUUACAACAAAUUAAAAAAACGAUCGGAACCAACAUACAAACGAAAAAGGCAAGCCUAAAGGACAUGAAAGCAAAAGGAAGGAAGGACAAGCAGAACAGUGGAGCGGAUGGGUCGUCCACUGAGGGCGAGAUGGUGUCGGGAACGCCUAUCUCGAUGGGGCUCCCAGAGGUCAGUCUGACUCUGGUCACUGGGAGCCGAAGAGCAUCGGAUCGGCUGCGUUCCGGAUCCGCCGCUUCGUCGGAUGGCGCGGAGGCCAUGGAGGCGGAACGAAGCGACAGCCGGAAACGCGGACGCUCCAGGGACGAGGAAACGGAUACGUCCCAAGAAAUGAUGCCACCAAAGGUGGCAAGCAGCCGCCGAGGGAGGCAACGUAAACCGGCCUCGGCCUCGGUCUCGACCCCGUCAGGCUCCGCGUUCUCAAACGCGGAGUCCUACAGAAGUGUACGGGUGGACGGCGAGGCCGUAGCGGAGGAGGAGAUCGCGGAUCUCCUGCUCAAGGUUCGGGAGCCGGUGGGGGGAAAUGCCCCCCAGGCUCCCGUGUCCGUGCAGGAGAGGGCGAAAGCGGCGGUGGCCGUCAUCAACAAGGUGGCCACCAAAUCCGUGAACCUUAAGGGCUCGUUUGUGAGGGCCCUUAAGGACUCCUCCUCCGCUUUGUCGGAGGUCGUGGAGGGCCUAGCGGGCGACGUCUCUCGCCUGCAGGUGGCCAACGAGAAGCUGACGGAGCGGGUGAACGAGCUGAGCGCUCAGUUCGCCCGCUUCCAGGCGAACCUCCCCGAGCGGGAAGCCCCGUCCGCGUCCCAGCCUGCCCCUACCACCAACUCAGGGGCAUUUGACUCCCAACUGCGAGAAAUCCUCAUCGCAGUUGGGAAUAUGCUGGACGGACGCCUGGCUGGCCUGGAGGCGAGAUUGCCUCCUGCGCCGAUUAUGCGCCCCCCGCUCGCGUCGGCACAGCGGCCUAAGGCCGCCGCUCCGACCGCGCUCCCCGUUGUGGGAGGCCGCGUUUCUUACGCGGCGGCGGCGUCUGCCCCUACUCCAUCGGCUCCACAAAAGCCGAGGAGGGGGGCCAAGGCACCGGCCCAGGCGCCGGCCAAGGCACCGGCUAAGGCGCCGGCCAGGGCGCAUCCCCAGGCGCCGGCCAAGACGGGGCCUAGAACAGCGCCGAGGAGCGGAGUGGCAUUCCCUCCGCUCCCCACUCCGACACCCCUGCCGGGCCCCUCCGCACCUGCCCCCUCCAACGAGGGUUGGCAGGAGGCGAGGGGCUCCAAGAAGUCCCGAAGGCGGGCCAAAAAGGCUGCCAAAAAAGCAGCCCAAGCCCAGCCUUCGCCACCGGUGGCAACGGCCUCCACAAAGAGGCCGCGGAAGCUGCAGCCGCCCAAAACCGCGGCUGUAGUGGUGACCGUGUCCCCGGAGGCGGCGGACGGCGGGCUGUCCUACGCGGCCGUUUUCAAAAAGGCCCGGGACAGCCUCGCCAACGAUUUUGGAACGGUGGGGGUCAGGAUGCGCCUCGCCCAGACGGGAGCUCGAGUCCUCGAGUUCCCUGGGGCUGAAGGCGCAAAGACGGCGGACUCGUUUGCUGAGAGGCUGCGGGGUAUAUUCGCGACUACAGAUGGUGUGAGGGUCGCCAGGCCUACCAAGUGCGCGGAGCUGCGCAUCUCGGGCCUGGACGACUCUGUGACGGCCGAAGAUGUCCGCGCUGUAAUCCGGGAGAAGACGGGGUGCAGCGCGGACAACGUCAGGGUCGGCACCAUCCGCCCCGGUCCAGGGGGGCUUGGCGCCGUGUGGGUCAGCUGUCCCGUAGCGUCGGCCAAAGUAUUGGCCGACGCCGGCAGGCUGCUCAUCGGUUUCGUGAGCGCCAGGAUCACAGUCCUGGCGGCGAGACCGAUGAGGUGUUACAAAUGCCUAGCAUCGGGGCACACGCGCGUCAAGUGCCAAAGCUGCUUUGACUGCAGCGGACUCUGUUUCCGCUGUGGUCGACCGGGGCAUGUGGCGGUGGAAUGCUCUGCCGCCCCUCACUGCCCGGUGUGUGCGGCGGGUAACAAGCCCGCCAAUCACCAGAUGGGGCAGGGGGGCUGCAAGCCUCCCCGCAACUCUCAGCAAGCAUCGGGGGCUAGCCAGUCGACCCAGGCUGCCUCCGAUAUAGUUCGUGCGUCGACGUCGUCGCCCAUGGAGGAGGCUGUAGAGACGAUCCAGUAA